CACGUUCUAUUCUGUCAAUAGAACAGAAACAGAAUACAAUGCUCAAUAGCUCAAUGCUCAAUGGCGAUUUCGUGAUUUCAUCACGUUGAAUUUUGUUCCAUCAAUUUUGCAGUGCUAAUAUUAGAUUUUGAUUAAUCACUUCAAUCCUAUAGAAUUUUUCAAUACAUUACAAUGUUAUUAAACCAUGGAAAAAUGUGACCUCGGUUUCCGAAAUGCUAUGAUUUAUUUCAAGACUCGUUAAAUUUCAUCUUUUUGUCGUGAGGGUUAACUAUUAUAGGUUGGAAAUUAAUUAAAAUUGGUUUACUCAUUUUGAGUAGUGGAGUGGAGUUGUGAUGGCCGCCGUGGUGCAGAAGAAUGGCAUGAAACCACAUGUGAACGGCGGCCUGGCCCACCCGCACCCACACACAACCCACCACACACACGACCACCGGGUGGGUGUGGGGGUAGGAGUGAGUGACGCUUACCCUCUACGCGGCGGCAGCGGCUGUGACGUCAUCAACAGUGAUGUGUUCAUCAAACAGGAAGUGAAACAAGAGGACGAAGACUGUGACAGAGUGGCGGGCGACGAUGAACCCGAAAUAGAUAUAGUCAUAAACAAUGUGGUGUGUAGCUUUAGUGUUCGAUGUCAUCUCAAUUUGCGUCAGAUUGCGUUGAAUGGCGUCAACGUCGAGUAUCGCCGCGAGAACGGGAUGGUGACGAUGAAGCUGCGUAAGCCGUACACGACGGCGUCGAUCUGGUCGUCGGGCAAGAUCACGUGCACCGGCGCCACGUCCGAGGAGCAAAGUCACGUGGCAGCGCGGCGCUUCGCUCGCCUGCUGCAGCGGCUCGGCUUCAACACGCGCUUCACCAACUACCGCAUCGUCAACGUCCUUGGCACCUGCUCCAUGCCCUUCGCCAUCAAAAUCAACGCCUUCUCCGAAAAGCACAAACCUAUUGCCGAGUACGAGCCGGAACUGCAUCCCGGUGUCACCUACAAACUAAAGAAACCCAAAGCAACGCUCAAAAUAUUCUCAACCGGUAGUAUUACGGUUACAGCGCCGAGCGUGCUGGACGUGCAGCAGGCGAUCGAGCACAUCUACCCGCUGGUGCUCGAGUUCCGCAAAGAGCGCUCCAAGGAGGACGAGCAGUUGGCCGAGAAGCGUCGCGGCGCCGCCAACGCACGCAAGCGCACCUACUCGCAGAUGGCAAGCACCAACAAGGAGACUGACGACGAAGAUGACGACGAUGAUGAUGAUGACAAUGACUGUGUGGCGGCCGGCGACGCUUGGCCUUGAACGAUACCAAACUAUCUACCACCGUUUACCUACCCAAAUGUCCCCAAUAAUUUCUACAGUGGAGCAUCUAGUCGAAAAUUCACCCACAAACAAUGAUUUACAGUCAGUGAAUUGCUAAUCUACUCAUCCCAUAAAAAUAACAUUUGAACUCAUUUCCUCUCCCUCAUUAUUUAAGUGCUUGUUACUUCAAUAGAUAACAUUGAAAAAUUAUUAUUUACAGUUUGAAUAGUUCACAAAUAAGAACUUCAUAAAAGGAUAAUACAUUUAGUUUCCUUAUACUUUUCGAAUGCUAGAGUAUUGAUGCUAGCAUCUUCCAUAUGAAGCAUCUACAUACAUACUCAUCGAAUUCAAUAACUGAACAAAAACUUGUAGAACUUGGAUUUAUUCGAUUUUCCACUAGACGCUAAUUUCUACCAAUAUAAAUGAUUUAUUUGUUUCAACUACUCGUAAGCUUAGUUAUUCCAAGUGAUGGAUUUUCAAUUACCUGAUGCUCCACUGAUUUGAUUAUUACAAGACAGACAUUUUCUAAAAAUCGUAAAUUAUCGAAAUAGUUGUAAAAAACUUUCUUUAAUUUUGUUCUCAGGUUGUUUUGAAUAUUGAAAAUUUGUAUUAGACGGACUAUUAUUCGGGCGAAACCAAUAUAACUUGCAAAUUAUAAUUUGUGAGUCCCUGCUGACGGGCGUAGUUUUGAAAAUGAUUGAUUCUGUUCACUGCUUUACUCAUCCAAAUGGGCAAUAUUGUUUGUUAACAGCACAAUAUCAAUUAUUAUUGAGUAAUUUCAGAACAAAACAAUGACUGUUGUAUGCUGGAUUAUCUCAGUCAGGUAGUGAAAAAUUUUGCAAUCAUUAUUUAUUUCUUAAUCAAAUAUUUAGCUUUAAGGCUGAUCGUCUAUCAAGCUUGUUGUAGUUUCUUUCGAAUGAUUACUGUUCGAUAUUACAAUGGUAUAAUUGUUACUUCUUUGUUCGUACUGUUAUAAGCAUUGUCAUUAUUAAUUUUUGUUACUAUUAAAUUACCUUAUUACAGUUGUAAUCUUAUGUUUACUACUGCUUUCUCUUAUCUUAGCUAUUAUUAGGUAGUCCACUACUACAAUACAACUAUUCACUAUAAUCAAAUGUCAGAACUGUUCAGGACGAUAAAGGUAGAUUUUUUACGGCGAAAAUGUUUGAUAACGUGUAUAAUUUUAUACCAAAGAUUUUUAACAAUUUACAAACAAACUCGGACUGUAUAUUGUUAUUUCUUGGCUUAAUUAUUUUAAUACAGAUACCAAAACUACUGAGUACAUGGGCAGUUGAAUCAAUUAGAAAUGAAGUUGACUCGACCGAUAUUGUGAACUUCAUUUAUUUGUGAUUCGUGUUUCCAUAAACGUUUAGUCUGAUUCUCAACUGCUUUUGUUUUAAGGUUGUUGAUGUCUGCAAGCUAUUUCUCGCUAAAUUACGUUUAAUGUAAUUAUGUUGAUCGCACAUUGAGUUUUGUCUUAACUGAUAUUUUGCGUAUAGUUCACCAAAUUUAAAUAUGCUGUGUACAAUAUUAUUUUUGUACGAUAUAGAUUUUUAUUUAUAAUGUGGGAGAAGCUUUUUUAGUGGAAUGGCUCAAAUUUUUGUGGAUCGAGUUGUGUGUGCAUUGUUAGUGUAAUGACAGUUCGAACGAAUCUAUGUAAUAUUUCUAAAUUCUUUCGGUGGAUAUUAUUUAGGGUUUCAAAAGUCUUGAGUAAUGAUUCUCAAUGCUUUUAGAGAGUGGGCAGGUUUUAUAAACUGCGAAUCUAUCUAGCUUUUUAUAGAAAGUAUAAUCGUUUUUCUAUAUUCGAGUGUAGAGUUGUUGAUCAAUUUUUUUAAAUACUGACACAUCAUUUUCAAAUGACUGGACAGUCAAUUAUUGGAAUUGUUUGCAUUCGUAUGAAUUGUUGGUUUAUUCUAAUGAAAUUUUGAGGACGAUAGUUGAUUUUAUCAUAAUCCUCCAAUAUAUUUUUUAUAGUCCUCCAAUCUAUUUUUAUAGAUAUUCUCAGCAGGAUAGAUAGUUUCAUGGUAUUUUAAAACUUGCUCAUCUACCAACAUCUUCAAAAUGAAAAAAUACCCAAAUAGCAUUGAUCGGUAUCCUAAUGUUGAUCCACUUAGCAAUUUGCAGUGAAGUGCGUGGUAUGCUCGUUUGGUACGAUUGGAUCUGACUUAGACUAAAUUUUAGCAAUAAUAACGAUUCAUUAUGAAUCACGACUGUCUCUCUUAUGGUAUUUGUUAAUUCAUGAUCUGAAUUAUUAUAACGUUACAGAAUAAAAAUUAAUUUUGGAACAAUUGAUUACAUUUUUUUCUACUGCUUGUAAUGUUACUUCAACAGAGAUUGUAUUAAUUUAAUAAAUAAUUAUAUGACUCAUGAUUGUGAUUUUUCGUUUUGAAUUAGACACAUUUAAAUAUAUUGGAAUGCUGAAUUCGUAUUAUAUAUAAUAGUCAUCUUGGUGAAUUGGAACUAUUGAAACUAGAUAUUUUGUAUUGAAAAUAACAGUUUUUUACUGAUUGUUCUCUCAAGAAAAAAGGCUGCUUCAUACCCAUUGACACUAUUUAUCUUUUAUACAUGAAAACUUCUCCUCUAUCCAGUUUAUGGACUGAUGGUACUGUAGAAUAUUACAAUACAUUAUCUUGAACGAAUUUCCAACUAUACUUCGAAAUUUCUCAAUAAAAUCUGUAUAUAAUUAUUAUGAUCAUAAAUUUUGUUUUGGAAAGUUGCAUUGGAACUUGACUCUUGGUUCCAUAAUUAUGAAAUAUUAAUGUUAAAAUGAUUGAAUUUAUGGGAUCAAAGUAAGUGCAUUAAGGGAACAAUAUUUGCUAAAACUAACAAGAAACUCUGUUUUCAUGCUUUCAAUUCCAUCACAAAUUAUGUUCAAUUUUUUAAAAUAUGUUCCUCGUUAGUUUUGGAUAGCACGGUUGAAUUUUAUUUUAGAUGUGACCCUACGAUAAAACUUUCAUAAUUAGAAAUUGAUAAAAUAACUUUCCAACUUUAUCUCUUAUGUUCUUCUGAAAGCACUGUACUUACAAUAAUAUUAUAUGUAAUGAGCAAUAAUUAAUAUUGUAAACUAAAUCCUAUUUUAUGUUUUUCGUAACAAUAAAACUUUCUGCUCAUACCAGAAACAGGGUGAAUAAAUUUGAGAAAAGUGUAUGGUGCUUUAGUUGACAAUAACAAGGCAGUAGUCUAUUCGCGGGACUGGCCAUUUAGACUUUGAAAACUAUCAACUCACAACCAUUUGGAAUGUGGAAUGCUAAAAUGAAUACUUUUUUGAUAAAAAACAAAUAUUUAUCCGAAAUUAUAAAUGCCUUUUGAUGGAAGUAAUUAGUUUUUUUCAGUAUUUAAAUUAGUUUCGUUUAUAUUGUAGUCUUUUGUUGUGAUUCAAAUAUAUUUUAUCAUGUUCUCAAACUUAUGGGAAUAAGUCAUGACCUUGACCUUGAACUUGUAAUACUGUAUUUAUAUGUUAUUUUCUGAGGGGUUAAUGCAUAUUCCUAGGCCUAUAACUACGUCUCUGUGUUGUAUAUAUUUGUGUUGACUUUAUUUCUAUUGCUCUUCAUCUGUAAUAAUAAUAAUUUUCUUUUUUAAUAAGAAACGUAAAAGUUUCUAUUAUUGAUGAAUAUUAGGAGAAAUGAAUGAAUUAAUAUUAAUAAUACAUUUUGGAUAAAACAAAAUAAAUCUGUUCAUAAAUUAUUUAUGAACGAGUGUUUUCGGUAACAAUAUACAUACCUGAAUUUCAUUUAUAAUAUUUAAUUUUAUUAGUUUUCUAAUGUUGUUUCGUAUGAUCAUGUUAAAAAAUGAUCAGGACAAAAAAUGACCUGAUUUGGAUCUGACCAUUCUCGAACUCUAACGUAUAAAAGGAUUGAUAAUAGUAGUUAUGAUUCUCUACUUGCUCCUUCGAUAUUGGAAAAACUUUCAAUAAUUUCAAAUUCACUUGAAGAAAUGAUACUUCAAAAUUAAUAGAUGACAUUCAUGUUUAAACAUCUUCUGCUGUCCUUUCCAUUUCUUUAAACUAUUUACUUUUCUAGAGAAUUUCUUGUACAAGUACAAUUAAAAUGAUUGUGGAAUUUUCUCAAGUUUUUUUUUCAAAUAAGUCCAGUCAAAUUUUGUUCGAAUAGCUUUUCGUUUAUAGCUUUUAGGAAUAGUUCUUUUCCUCCUAUUACUGUAUACAUUUUGUGGAUAAGAAAUUAUAAUUUUUCGCGCUUAAUAUUUAGAGGCAACGUAAGUAGUAUUGUAACAUUAUUUAAGUAUGGAAAGUUUUUUUCGGUUUGAAUUUUAGAAAAAUAAUUAAUUUUGUCGAUUGAGAUAUUCUUCCCAAUCAUUGAUCAUUGAUCCAACAUGAUUGUCAAUUGCAAGUCUUUGAAGGAAAUGUUAAUAUUCUGUUAUAUUUUUUAUUUCAAACCAUACAGUUUGUUUAGGAGAAUUUAAAACUGUUUCAAGCUUUUUUAAGUACCUAGCUGGGCUUGCUCCACACUUAUAUUUUUAUGUUAUGAAAUUAAGUGAAUCGUAGUUUAAUUUUCAAGGGGGUUAAAAAAAUAUUUGUCCUGGCAAAAAGUUGAAUAAUUUUUUUAUUGUUUUACAUGAAAUAUUGUAUUUCUUGAAUUACUGUUUAAAAUUAGAUAGCGGGCGCGAGUGUGUGUGUGUGAGUGUAUGUAAGGCGAUUACACAAAUAUUUUAGCAUUUUUGUCAGAUUCAAUAUCCUACUUAGUUCAAUUAUAUUUCUUAGUUUAAAAUUUACUUUAAAAUUUCUCUACUUCUUAUAGUGAUUAUUAUGUUAAAGAAAUUGUUUUUAAUAUUAUUUUAAUGAGUAUUUUCUAUUCCUAGACCAAUUCUAUUCUUUAUAAUCUGUUCAUUCAUAUUCGAAUUAUAUGGAUAUUGUACCAAGUAAUGCUCGCAGAAGAUAUUUAAGAAGUGUUUUAUCUAGGAUUUCCUCCAUACGGCGAAUGGAUGAAUAGGGAUAAAACGCUCUUUGAUAUAACUGAAUGUGUAUUAUGUUAAGAUAAUUAUUUUGGAAAGUUGUAAAUUUAUAAUACUCAAGACUCAAUUUCACUUACCGGUAUAAAUAAUUAUUAUUUAAUCUUGCUGUUUGACUCGAAUAUUAUUGGGUAUUUUAGUGAUAUCAUCACAGACUUUUUGAGUGAAAUAGUUUUGUUGGCAUUCGAAACUAAUUGCCAAUCACUUCAUUUUUAUGUCAUAGAGGGAUUCUAUUACCAUGUCGAUUUUUUUAUUCAAAUGCUAAAGAACCUUAGUUAAUAAAAUAAUAAUAAUUCUCAGCUCUCAAAAUUUGUGAAUAGUUUCAAUAGUAAUCGAUUAUUAUUUCUCCGAUAUUUUCUCUUGCUAGUAAUCUACUUUCACAGCCUUAUAAUUACUAAGGUCGAUGGUGCUCCAUUUGUCUAAAAAUUAUCAUAUACUUUGAAAGUGGUAUCAUGGUUUUCGUUUAUUUAUGAUCAAACAGCUCAAACGUUUUCUAUAUUUCAAUUUGUGGGAAAAUUUGCCUCUGACAUUUGCAGAGAACCUUCAUAACAUUAUUGAGUCAGUAUGGUAAAUGUUGAAAGUAUUUGUUGAAUGUAUUAUUUAUGUGAAAGAGGAAUAUACAUGUCCUUGUCAAUGAAUUUUUAAGGAAGUUUUAAUAUUUUUAUUUAUUUGGUUCCUAAAGAGUUAUUAUGUAAAAGCCUGAAUAAAACACAAAUUUGGUUAUUUUAAUCUUGCCUUUCUGUUUUCUUUCUUAUUUAAGAACACUUUUAUUAUUGCUUUGUCAAAAUGACAACUCGAUUGUUGAAUUUUCAACUCAAAGUAUCUCUAUAUUCUUGUCUCAAGUUGGUAAAAUUUGUAUCUCAGUAAAAUAAGCUUAUAUUUUGAAGCAUAUGCAAUUUGCACAUAAACAUGACAGAUUUAAAAAUAAUUACAUGUGAUAGUGAAUUAUUGUAUCCCCUUCAAUCAAUAAAAUCUAAUUCCUUCUAACUUAAAUUAACAAUCAGUUUUAUAAGAUUAUGUGCAUGCUGAAUGCCAAUAUAGUUUCAAUUUUAGAGAUACAGUAUUCUUAUCAAACGUUCCACUUAGGCUUACCGUAUAUCAACAUAAUAUUAUUUCCUGUAUACCUUGAAAUUUGACAAUACAUAAUAUAAAGAUACGAGAAAACCCCCCUUCAAUAAUAUAAUGUGUCUUAAAUAUAUUUAUAGAUAAUUUUGUUUUGCAGAAACUUUUACAUUUAAUAAAUAAUUGAAUGUUUUCAUACUGGUUGCAAUGUGUUAUUACAGUACCAAUUGAAAACCUUCUAUUAUAAUUUUAUUUUUGUUUGACAAAUACCGAUAACUUCAGUACUUCACUGUGUAAAUCUUGUUACAAGUCCAUAAGCUCAAAAUAUUAUCGUUAACUUUCUUGUAGAGAUCUUGGAAUAUUAAUUUUGACCCCUUCCCUAAAAAUAGUUUAGAAGAUUUCUGCCAUUAAUAUAGAUACUGAUAAUCGAGUUAAUACAAAACAAAAUUUGUAUAUUCGAUGGUUAAUGUUGUAUGAGACUAAAAUAACCUUAUUAUAAGAAAUUUAUGUAUAGUUGAAAUAGAAAAAAAACAAUGGUUGCACCCUGGAUGUCUAUUAAGUAUGAAGAAGUAACUGUACUAUGAAAAUGUCUCCAUCUAUAAUAAUCAUCAGCUAAUUUUUAUUUGUGUACAUGACGGUUAUAUUUAGAUAUUGUUGCACUUUGUAAAAUCUGUGAUUUUUAUUUUUAGUAAAUUGUGUCUUGAA